UGGUGGUGGUGGUGGCUACCGCUCGGGUGGUGGUGGUGGUGGUCUCGGUGCUGGCCUCCGCAUGCCUGACUGGAGCCGCGAAAAGCUCAUGCCCUUCGAAAAGAACUUUUACAUUGAGCACCCCAGCGUCAGCCAGCGAUCCGAGGAGCACGUCAACCAGUACCGCGCUACCCACGAUUGCAAGGUCUUUGGAACAAGCGUCCCCAAGCCUGUCGAGAGCUUCGAGGAGGCCUCCUUCCCGAGCUAUGUCCUCAAGGAAGUCGCUGCCGCGGGCUUCAAAACCCCCACCCCGAUCCAGUCCCAGGGCUGGCCUAUGGCCCUCAGCGGUCGCGAUGUCGUCGGUAUUGCCGAGACCGGCAGUGGCAAGACCCUCGCCUACGUCCUGCCGGCCAUCGUGCACAUCAAUGCCCAACCCUUGCUGCAGCCCGGCGAUGGACCCAUCGUGCUCAUCCUGGCUCCCACCCGUGAGUUGGCCAUCCAGAUCCAGCAGGAGUGCAACAAGUUUGGUGCCUCCAGCCGCAUCAAGAACACUUGCCUCUACGGCGGUGUGCCGCGCGGACCCCAGAUCCGCGAGCUGCAGAAAGGCGUCGAGAUCGCCAUCUGCACGCCCGGUCGUCUGAUCGACAUGCUCGAGUCAGGCAAGACCAACCUGCGCCGCGUCACCUACCUCGUUAUGGACGAAGCCGACCGCAUGUUGGAUAUGGGCUUCGAGCCCCAGAUCCGCAAGAUUGUUGAGCAGAUCCGACCGGAUCGACAGACGCUCAUGUGGUCCGCUACUUGGCCCAAAGAAGUCCAGGCCCUUGCCCGCGACUACCUCCACGAUUACAUCCAAGUCAACAUCGGCUCUAUGGAACUCUCCGCCAGCCACAACGUGACUCAGAUCAUCGAUAUUUGCUCCGAGUCUGAAAAGCGCUCAAAGCUGGUGCGCUACCUCGAAAAGAUCAUGGACGAGCGCGACCACAAGACCAUCAUCUUCACUGGUACCAAGAAGAUGGCCGAUGAUAUCACUCGUUUCCUGCGACAGGACGGAUUCUCCGCCCUUGCCAUCCACGGCGACAAGAAGCAAACUGAGCGAGACUGGGUCAUGUCCGAGUUCAAGAACGGAAGGGCACCCGUCCUCAUUGCCACCGAUGUGGCUGCUCGCGGUCUUGAUGUCAAGGAUAUCAAGCAUGUUGUCAACUUUGAUUUCCCCAACAACAUCGAGGACUAUGUCCACCGCAUUGGCCGUACUGGACGUGCCCGCACCAAGGGCACAGCAUACACGCUGUUCACAGCCGAGAACUGCAAGCAGGCACGGGAUCUGAUUGGCAUCCUGGAGGAAGCCAAACAGGACAUUGACCCCAGACUGCGCGACUUUGCAAGGGUUGGAGGCAGCGGCGGUGGCAGCCGCUAUGGAUCAGGAGGCGGCCGCUCAGGUGGAUAUGGCGGCGGCCGCUCGGGUGGAUACGGAGGCGGUGGCGGAUACGGUCGCGGCAGCGGCUCGAGCUCCAGCAGCCGAUACAACCCGUACUCUCGAUACUGAGUGUCAUCCGGCUUGCGCGGCGACUCUCAAAGCCGCUUGGAUCUCGAGACGGCACUCCCGGCUCUCCCUCCUCGAUAGUAUGGCCGCUGUUUCUCCAGGACCAGCACACUUGUCCGAGGCAGAUCGGAGCCAGCAUCGCUGCUCUGCUUCCUGCGUUCCAAUUCCUCCCAUCCUCUCUCUCUCUCUCUCUCUCUCUCGCUUCAUCGAUCCAUUCUUCCAUCCACUCGUUGGUUUCUCGCAUACCUUUGCCCGUAUUGCCUUGGAUCGCACUCGCUGCUCUCCUCCCCCCUACCAGACUGGACCACGGCCGUCCACUGCUCUUCCCACUUAUCCAUCGCGUUGCUGGGUUGGCGAUGUCUCCCUGAGGCGCUACUGCGAGUAGUCCCAAUACAUUGGCAUGGAAGACUA